GUCAGAAGAAAAGAGGAGAGAUGGAGGGGGAAGAGGAUGAAAACAUGUUAGCAUUUGGAUACAGCCUAAUGGAAAAGUGUCUGAACUCUAUCUGUGGUGUUUUAUUCUGGGCUUAUAAACACAUAUAUAAUGCAAUGCUGUGAUGUUUUGUAAUCUGUUAGUGCUCAGAUUAUAUGUUAGGCAGGACUAUCAGCCACCAACUCCACAUUUUAGCUCAUUUUAUGUAAAACUGGCUGAAUUACAGCCAUUUUUGAGUCUUCUAAGGCUGAUUAGUCAUGGUGCUCAUCUUAAAUUAUACUCUAAAACUUCAUCAAUGAAAUAGUUAUUUUUUUUGUUAAGAGUUAUUGUGAUAAGAAACAGACAGACAGGCAAACCCUGACUUUUACUUUAAACCUAACCAUUACAAGCACCAUUACGUAUUUAGGACAAGGCUUUGGUCCUCGUAAGGACUGCUGAUCCUGUAAAGGUAGGUGAGAAUUCAAGAAAAGGUCCUAAAAAGCAACAAAAACAAGGGUCUGGUUUUUACUAGGCUACCAAAGAAAAUGCUUGUUUUCUUCAUACAGUUUAGGAAAAGUUUAAAGGGUUUAUAAAUGAUGAUAAACAAGAAGAAAUUUAGUGAAGGUGUAAUGGUUUAGUUCAAUCCUGAACAGCUCAGUUAAUGUUUUCUGUUCUUUUCAUGUUCUUGUGYAUAAUCUCUGACAAAUAAACAUAAAAUAAUUAAAAAGCUGAUUUAAAGACUGAMUGAACUUUUAUUUUCUACAUGUAUAAACUCAGCUCCAGUGUUACAGAGCCUCCUGUGAAACUGAUAAAUAAGUAACACAUUUUAUUGAUAGCACCUCCUCCUCCACUUCCUUCUGUCCAAGAGUUUCCUUGUUCCCUCCCCAUCAGAUCUAACAUUUACUGAUGAGUGUUACAGGCUGAGCCGCCUCACUCUCUGUACGAGCACAUGAUGUGUAGAUCAGAGCUCACGCUGGUUUCUGUUAUCAGGAAGUGAAACUACCACAGACACUGAGAGGUGAAAUGGAGCAGAAAGGAUUCCAGCUGAACACAGAGAGCUUCUCUUGUUCCAUCUGUCUGGAUCUACUGAAGGACCCGUUCACUGUUCUCUGUGGACACAGCUACUGCAUCAAGUGUAUCACCAACUUCUGGGAUAAAGAGGAUGAGAAGAAUAUUUACAGCUGCCCUCAGUGCAGGAGAAGCUUCACACCGAGGCCUGUUGUGGAGAAAAACAUCCUGUUAGCAGCUUUAGUUGAGCGGCUGAAGACGACCGGACUUCAAGCUGCUCCUGCUGAUCACAGCUACGCUGGACCUGAACAUGUGGCCUGUGAUGCCUGCACUGGGAGAAAACUCAAAGCCAUAAAGUCCUGUUUGAUGUGUUUGGUGUCUUACUGUGAGAAACACCUCCAGCCUCAUUCUGAAAUAGCUCAGUUCAAGAAACAUCAGCUGGUGGAGCCCUCCAAGAAGCUCCAUGAGAACGUCUGCUCUCGUCACGAUGAGGGGAUGAAGAUGUUCUGUCGCAGUGAUCAGCAGAGCAUCUGUCACGUCUGCACGGUGGACGAACAUAAAGGCCACGACAUCGUCUCAGCUGCAGCAGAACGCAGCGAGAAGCAGAAGAAGCUGGAGGUGAGGCGAGAAAUCAUCCACCAGCGAAUCCAGGAGCGAGAGGAAGACGUGAAGCUGCUUCAACAGGAGCUGGAGGCCAUCAACGUCUCUGCUGAUAAAAGCCUGGAGGACAGUGAGAAGAUCUUCACCGAGCUGAUCCGGGUCAUCCAGGAAAGAAGCUCUGAGGUGAAGCAGCUGGUCAGAUCUCAGCAGGAAACUGAGGUGAGUCGAGUCAAAGAGCUUCAGGAGAAGCUGGAGCAGGAGAUGAGGGAGCUGAAGAAGGAAGAUGCUGAGCUGAUUCAGCUCUCACACACACAGGAUCACAACCAGUUUCUGCACAACUACCCCUCAGAGUCAGCCCUCAGUCAGGCUCCACGCUCCAGGGUCAGUGUCCGUCCUCUGAGAUACUUUGAGAACGUGACAGCAGCUGUGUUGGAGCUCAGAGACAAACUGCAGGACAUUGUGAGAGACACCUGGACAAACAUCUCACUGAUGGUCACUGAGGUGGAGGUUUCACUGCCAAACCCAGAACCUAAAACCAGAUCUGACUUCUUAAAAUAUUCACGUGACAUCACACUGGAUCCAA